GGGAAAGAAAAAGGUUCUCCUUGGUCUUUGUUUCGAUUAAAGCUUCGAACUUUUUCUUCUGGGGUGGACGAACCAGAAACCCCAAGAAUUAUUCAAAAAAGAAGCUCAAAUCACAGCUUCCAUGGCGGAUUCAACCUUCCUCAAUCAGAAUCCCAUCCCAAAGCUCGAAGAUUUUCUCGGCGACUCCUCUUCCAUCGUCCGUUAUUCCGACAACCAAACCGACACCCAAGGCUCUUCCUUAACCCAAAUCUACGACCACCGCCACCGCCACCGCCACCGCCAAAGCGACACCUCCGGUAUCUUCUCCGAUCACGACGACCUCAAGGCUAUCGUCGGGUUUCCGUCAGUCUUCUCCACCAACUCCGGCUCGGAGGUCGACGACUCCGCCUCCAUCGGCCGGACCCACCUCUUCUGCACCACCGGCGGAGCAGAGUUUCUGGGCCACGUUGUAGAGUCCCCCGGGACGGAGCUAGGUUUCUCCGGCGGUGGCGCUUUGUCUCUCGGGGUGGUUAACGCAAACGCUGGUCCAUACAGUGGUAGUAACGAUGAGGGAAACAUCACCGUUAAGAGGGUUUCCGUGAACGCUAACGCUGUAGCGGCGGAGGAGACGCCGGAAUCCUCGAAGAAGAUCGCUGAUACGUUUGGGCAACGGACUUCGAUCUACCGAGGAGUCACUCGACACAGAUGGACGGGGAGAUACGAAGCGCAUCUAUGGGAUAACAGCUGCAGGAGGGAGGGUCAGGCCAGGAAAGGUCGUCAAGUGUAUUUAGGCGGAUAUGAUAAGGAAGACAAGGCAGCUCGAGCCUACGACCUUGCUGCUCUAAAAUACUGGGGUCCCACUGCUACUACCAAUUUCCCGAUAUCGAAUUACACGAAAGAAAUGGAUGAAAUGAAACACUCGACGAAGCAAGAGUUCAUUGCAUCCCUCAGGAGGAAGAGUAGCGGAUUCUCGAGGGGCGCCUCGAUAUACCGGGGCGUCACGAGGCAUCAUCAGCAGGGUCGGUGGCAAGCGAGGAUUGGCCGUGUCGCCGGGAACAAGGAUCUUUACCUCGGAACAUUCGCGACCGAGGAAGAGGCGGCCGAGGCUUAUGACAUAGCGGCCAUAAAGUUUAGAGGAAUCAACGCCGUUACUAACUUCGAGAUGAGUCGGUACGACAUAGAAGCCAUCAUGAAAAGUUCCCUCCCGAUCGGAGGGGCGGCCAAACGGCUCAAACUCUCGUCGGAAUCUUCUUCAUCUUCUGAUCAGAAUCCCGGUCUGACCCACCAGUCCUCCUCCGACCACAUCCACUUGGUCCAGUCUUACGGAAUCCCUUUCGAACCGGCGGCUCUCUACCACCAGAACCACUUCCAACACUUACCCGCCGGCUCGGACUCGUCCGGGUCUAACACCACAGUCCCGGCUCCAAUGGCAGGGUUCUUCUUGUGGCCCGACCACCAAUCUUACUAAUUACCUCAUCAUCUCUUAUCCGAACCUAGUGAAGUGGUUUCUUUGGUUUCCACUUCUUCGUUAACCGUAGGCAAAAUAGGGAGGGGGGGAAGUGACAGAAACUGAAAGUUCUGGGGCUGUAUAUAUUAAUCUUUAAUCUUGGGGGUGGAAAGUGCUAGUUUUUGGGAAUCUAUGGGCAGUUCCGGAGUAUUAGAUUUUUGUAUGCCUCCUUUCGGUG